AUGAUGAGCACGGCUGGCGUCGAGUCAGUCGAUGCGACACUCCAGCGGAUCACUUCGGCCAAAGGCGUUCAGGGCGUCAUCAUCCUGCAAGCUACAACAGGCAUCGUCAUCAGGUUUGGCGGCGUCCUCUUUGAGCGCCGUCCGGCUUCGCCAGAGCCGUUGUCGGAUGGCGGACCAUCGACAGAGCAUGAAGCAGAGCCAGAGCGUACACUGCUCGAGCGCUAUGCUACGGCUGCUACUGCACUCGUCGAUGCUACUCGCGAAAGCGUGCAAGACAUUGAGACAGGCGACGAUGUCCGGUUCAUGCGCAUACGUACAAAACGGCACGAGCUCAUGAUCACGCCAGAUCCUAGCUUCGUACUCGUCGUCAUCACCGACCCGACGCUGCAAGAAGCGCAGUGA